AUUGGCUUAAGCGUUUAACCUUAUUUGAUACGGUAUUAUCUCUUACGUCUUUUACAGCCUUUUUCUUUGCCAUAAUAACUUAUGAUAUAUCGACCUUGCAAUGAGUAUACGCCCUAUACUACCACCUACAACCUCUUCCCCUGACUUCCUCGGCUCCGAAUAUUCUGUUUAUAUUAAACAUCCUGGUUACGGAAAUCAAAAUGGCCCGCUGUUGCAAUUUGUUCAUUUCGGUGAAGGGCUUGAUUACGAUUUGGUUAUUUAUGCCUGCUAUAUUGUAGUCGGCAAUGUUUGGCCUCUUGAAACGAAAGGCCAGCCGAGAAUCGACAAGCGGGAGGAUGACGGGAAGCUUGGCUACGUCUAUUUGUUACUUUCGAAAUACCCUAACGUAUAAGAAGCUAUUACCCGCCCUAAAGAUGGCAUUCCCACUAAUUCAGUUUAUUUCCUCCAUAACAAUGAAGGUGAUAGUAAGGUAGUGCAUUUUGUUCUUUUUUCGUAUGCUAAUUGGUUAUAGUACAUUACGCAUUUACGCCAUCCUUUAAUCAUUGGAUAUUUCCACACCAUGAUUUACCUUCUCCUUGG